CUUAAGAAGAAUAUCUUUUUUCCGAAUUUUUGUUUAGCCAUCUUCGGUCAUUUUUGUCGCCGAAAGUUGAUGGCCUCACAAGAACCCAUUGAUGAAGAAUAGCAUAAAGGUUCAUAAAGGUGGAAUCAAUUCUAACAAAACUUCCUGUCAUCCAUUUCAUUUCUUGUUACACUCUUUACCUCCUGCAAUUUAUAAACAUAAAAACUAACAAACUGAACACAAAGUUACACAAUGAAUUGUUUCAAGUCCAAAAAACCUUCCAAUUCAUUAGCUUCUCCUGAAAAACCUUCACCUACUAUUGUAAAUCAAGCAAUGCAGAACACCGCAGAACUGAAAAAUGUUAAGCACGAAGUUUUACUGCGUAUCCCCGGAUGCAAAGUCCACCUUAUGGAUGAAGGAGAAGCUUUAGAACUCUCACACGGGGACUUCACACUGUUCCGAAUAUCAGAUGGCAACAUAUCCAUCGCGACGACUAUCAAAGUUGGUGAUGAUCUCCAAUGGCCUCUGACUAAAGACGAACCAGUAGUGAAGCUUGAUGCUUUUCACUACCUGUUUUCUUUGCCGAUGCAAAAUAGUAAUCCUUUGAGCUACGGGGUCACUUUUUCGGACCAAACUGCUGGGAGUUUGAAAUUGCUGGAUACAUUUUUGAUUGAACAUUCUUGCUUCUCUGCCUCAAGAGUAUCUACUAGCCGAAACAAAGAUGUUGACUGGAAAGAAUUUGCUCCAAGAAUAAACGACUACAAUAGCGUUUUGGCCAGGGCGAUUGCUGGAGGAACAGGUCAAAUUGUCAGGGGAAUUUUCAUCCUCAGCAACGCUUAUACUAACCAGGUGCAGAAGGGAGGUGAAAUGAUCCAAACACGAGCGGUGGAGGGUACACAUGGUGGAACCAUCACUGAAAGUAAAGGCAACAAGAGUAAUCCUGCAACCAGAAAGAGCAAUGUCAAUAAAAGUAUCAAACGAGUAAGAAAAUUAUCAAAGAUGACAGAGAAGAUGAGCAAAUCUUUACUAGAUGGCGUCGGGCUUGCUACUGGUUCUGUAAUGGGACCCGUGAUGCGAUCUCAAGCAGGAAAGGGAUUUCUUAACAUGGUUCCCGGAGAAGUUCUCUUGGCUUCCCUUGAUGCAGUCAACAAAGUGUUAGAUGCAGUUGAAGUUGCUGAAAAACAGACCAUGUCUGCGACUUCUGGUGCGGCAACUAGGAUGGUUAGUAACAGGUUCGGAGAAAGUGCAGGAGAGGCUACAGGAGAUGUGUUGGCCACAGCAGGACAUUGUGCAGGCACGGCAUGGAAUAUAUUCAAGAUACGAAAGGCCAUAAAUCCUGCCUCCUCAGUUAGCUCUGGAAUUCUCAAAAAUGCGCCCAGAAAAUAACGUGCUUCACUUCAAUUUAUAGAGCUUAUGCAAGGAAGUAAUUCUGUUGCAUAUUACACUCCUACAAUUUGGCAGCACAAUCUGAAUUUCCUGGCAAUGAAGAUGUUCUUAUUUUUAUGUAUCGUCGAAACUUGCAUCAUGAUAUAUCGUGUAAAGUAGAUCAUAAUAGAUGCUUUAUCUUCAAUUACGGAUGAUUGGAAAGGAACAAAGAGAAGUUUUUUUUUU